AUGAUUUUUUUAGACUUGCACAAGGAUAUAAACACAACAAAACGAAAGUUUAUAAAUCGCAAAAUGUAUGACUACACACUUUUGAAAGAAUGGCUUCAAUACCGCAACCGAAAAGCUGAUAUGUCUGGUAUAAUAAGAACAUUACCCAAAGUUAGCAUAUUAGAUAAACCGAUGAGUAAAGCAAGAUCCGAGAUUAGCAUAAGUGCAUUUGCUCUAUUAUUUUCGGAAAUUGUUCAGUAUUGCCAGAGUAGAGUAUUGUCUGUGCCAGAGCUGCAAGCUAAGUUAUCUGAAAUGGGAUAUCAUGUCGGGCAAAGAAUGGUUGAUACUUUAUUUGUCCGGGAAAGAAAUUUCAAAAGAGAAACCAAACUCCUGAAUAUAUUAAUUUUUAUAAAAACUACAUUAUGGAAGACAUUAUUUGGUAAAGAGGCAGAUAAACUGGAACAUGCUAAUGAUGAUAAAAAAACUUAUUUUAUCAUUGAAGCAGAGCCUUUGGUGAACAAGUACAUUUCCAUACCAAAAGAUAAAGGAAGCCUCAAUUGUGCAGCUUUCAUUGCAGGAAUUAUAGAAGCAACUUUAGUCUGUUGCAAUUUUCCUGCUAAAGUUACAGCUCACUGGCACCAAGGAACAACUUUUAAAAUAAUUUUUGAUCAGUCUGUUGUUAAUCGAGAUCAUCCCAAUGAUGGCAGAUAAAUCUGUAAUGAUUUGAAAAUUGUGUAUAUUAGGAACUGUAAAUAAAUUAUGGAUAUACUC